GGCCCAUCCCCUGGGCCGGCUGAAGUGGGGGGAAGUGGGGCUGGGUCUUCAGAGAACUGUGAAGCUCAAUUAAGUGUCAUUAGCUGAAGAGAGUUUCUGCGGGAUUAGAACCAUGCCCCGCCCUGGCUUCCUCAUCCUCUUCCACCCCCCACCCCACGGAAAUCGGAUGAGCCGAGACAGAGAUCAGGUGGAGCAUCAUGUGUGACAUGUGGACAGUAGGAGAGUGACCAGCAGAUGAAAGGGCAGGCGGGCAGGUGGACAGGGAGACAACAGAGAGACAGACAGACAGGCAAACAGACCCUGGAGGCAGCCUACCAUGAGGCCCAGCAUCCUCUUGCUCCUGUGUGUUGUGGGUCUCAGUCUGGCCGACAAGGAGAAGAUCUUUAAUGGCGCUGAGUGUGUGAAGAACUCACAGCCUUGGCAGGUGGGGCUGUUCCGUGGCAAAUACCUGCGCUGUGGCGGUGUCCUCGUGGACCGAAAGUGGGUCCUCACAGCUGCUCACUGCGGUGGCAGGUACGUGGUGCGCCUUGGAGAGCACAGCCUCAGCAAGCUGGACUGGACGGAGCAACUGAGGCUCACCACCUUCUCCAUGACACACCCCAGCUACCAGGGUGCCCAUCGGAACCAUGAGCAUGAUCUUCGACUCCUGCGGCUGGGCAGACCGGUCCGCCUGACCCAUGCUGUCCGGCCCCUGGCCCUGCCCACUUCCUGUGCACCUAUGGGGACCAGGUGUCAUAUUUCAGGAUGGGGUACCACAAACAAGCCAUGGGAACCAUUCCCGGACCGGCUCCAAUGCCUCAACCUCUCCAUCGUCUCCAAUGGCACGUGUCAAGCCGUGUUCCCUGGAAGAGUGACGGAGAAUAUGGUGUGUGCAGGUGGUGAAGCCGGGAAGGAUGCCUGCCAGGGUGACUCAGGAGGCCCCCUGGUGUGUGGAGGAGUUCUUCAAGGUCUAGUUUCCUGGGGAUCUGUUGGACCUUGCGGACAAAAGGGCAUUCCAGGGGUCUACACCAGGAUCUGCAAGUAUGUGGGCUGGAUCAGAACAGUCAUCAGGAACAACUAAUGGGCUUCCCCGUCUCCACGUGGUUCUGCUUAGGGGCCUCUCGGACCCUCGAAGCACCAAUGUCUCCUCCCUCACCACUCCAAGCUCCCACCCUUGCUGGUGCAGGGAACCUCUCGAAACCUCAGGGGUGUAGAGGGGACUGUGAAAC